AUUGGAUGUUUGGUCAACGUUCAGACGUUACGUGAGAAUUUUGCCAUCUGUAGAAUGUAGCUUUCCGGACACAGCAUUAGAAAACUGUAGACGGAACAUUCUGCCAAAGUGCUGUGCACAAUACAUUUAGUGGCGGCAUUAAUAUAAGUUGAAACCUUUUUCACGAACGUUUCAGUUGUUGGUAGAAGUCGACGGUAUGGCUGUUAACGCGUGGUUUGCAGUUGUGGGGCUUGUGGCGGCGAUUUUUGCACAGACAAACCGUGGACAAGACGUUGGGACAGGACAGUGUUGUGGGAGUUGCGUCAUCGGACCUCAAGUGUUAGCCGGUGUCCCUGGCAACAACGGUCUCCCUGGUAACAAUGGCGUCCCUGGCUACAACGGCAGGGACGGUGCCAAGGGAGACCGAGGAGAGCAGGGGCCGCCCGGGGAGAAGGGCAGUGCAGGGGAGACGGGACCUCCAGGCAUGCCGCCCCGAGUGAACUUAAAGCAGUGUGCCUGGAAAAACCUGUACAAUGAUGCGGACUCUGGGAUGAUCGUGGAGUGCGAGUUCAACAAGAUCUCCCCGACAUCCGCCCUUCGUCUGACGUGGAACGGUGACCUCCGAAAUACGGGGUCCUCCGGUGGCUGUGCGCGCUGGUUCUUCACGUUUAACAGGGCUGAGUGCGGGAACCCCUUCCCCAUCGACGGUGUAGUCUACACGAACAACGCUAACCUCAACAUCCAUCGUGUGUCUACAAUUGACGGCCUGUGUUACGACCUGCCGGCUGGGCCUGUGACCGUGGCUCUGAACGUCGGCGCGUGCGACAGCCCAAGUGGAGCUCCAAACGUCCACACCGGGGCGAACUCUCACUCAAGGAUCAUCAUUGAGGAAGUCGACAUUUGAACCGGAAAUUAAACUAAGAUAGAAACUUGUCUGUUGGUAUUGGUCAGUGAUGUGGUAAAACAACCAUGUGAUGCAGAUUCAAAACCUGAUGUACAUAUAUGUAAAGUUAACAUCCCAACCGUAGUUUCCAAAGAUCGUGUUAGAAAAGAUAUCGUCUGCAACAGGCCAAAUUCAGAUGUAACGUUGAAAAGAACGUGAAAAAUCGGGGUUUCUCGCAGGCGCAGUACGUUCUGCCGACGUGCUAAUAAUAUAUAUUUAGUAUCCCUCGUGUUGAAUAAUGAU